AUGGCACAUCCAGCAUCACAAACAUUCAUUUUUCGUGAAUCCACCGAUUUGGACGUAUUUUUUCCAUUUCUGAAACAGGAUACGGAUUACGGAAAAUUAUGCAUAGUUGAGGAACCAUUAGUGACCGGAUAUACAACAAUGGGACGAUUAAUUGGUGAUAUGUCAAUUGAAAAAUGCUAUUUCGGUAAGCUAAGGACAAAGGAUUACGAGUUGUCAACUUUUGAUGUAGAAGCUAGCGCUUAUAGACGAGCUGCUUCUUCCAAAAUGUUCAAUUACUCAAUUUUUGCACUUUUAGUUUGUCUCCUGGUCUCUUGGGCUAAUUUUAGAUGACCCCGUUACCACCUGAAUUUGUCACCAGUCUUUGUACAUUUUCUUCCUUAAAUUUGGCCCAUU